AUGGGAGUAUCAAAAUUAAAAACAUGUAAAAAGAAUACCUCCCGACAUUGUAAUUCUUUUAAAUUAGUUUCAAAAGGUAGUAUUGGUCAUCAUGAUACAAAAAAUAUAUCUAAAUGUUCAGCUAUAUUAAAAAUAAUUAAAAAACAUCUAAAGGAGGAUUCAAGAAAUAAAGAUAUUUUAAAAAAGAAAAUUAUUGAAGUUUAUGAAAAUGAGGCUAAAAAUGUUGAAAUAACAUUUGCAAAUAAUGUAAAAGGAUACUAUCCAACUGAUAUAUUGACAUCAAAUAGUCAAUAUUUUAAUCGACUAUUAAAUGGUCCAUACUUACCUUCAGAUCAUAGAAAAUUACAAUUAUAUUCUGUAGUUAAAGAAGGUUUUGAUGCCGUUUUAAUUCUUCUCAAAAAAGAUAAUAAUAGUAAAAUAAAUAUUUUAAAAAGUUUAAAAGAACAAAUUUUAAUUGAAUUAUUUGAUGUUUCAACAUUUCUUUUUUUAGAUAAAUCAACAACAAAAAUAGUUAAUGAAUUAUGGGUUAGAAUAACUGAUGAUAAUAUUGUUAUUAUGUAUAUGUUAACAAAAAUGAGAGAUAUAAAUUUUUCAAAAAAACUUUUUACCAGAAUAUCAUUUAUUUUUAACAAACUUUAUUUAAAUAAAACAUAUUUACUACUAGAUGAGGAAGAUAUAUUAAAUUUACUUUUAAAUCCUUUAACAAAUAUUAAUAUAUCUAAUGAUUACUCAAUACUUUCAUCAUACUUAGAAGCAAGAAUAAAAAAUUUUCCUGAAAAAAAAAAUGACCAAUUAUGGUUAUAUUUAUAUAAUAUUUGUAAUGAAGUAUCAAAAAUUGGAAGUUCUGAAGUUUUUGGUAUUACAAAACGUUACCCUAAUAGAGUAGUUCUUAAUAUUGGGGGUGUCUCUUCAUUAGGAAUAACAAAUGAAUGUGAAAUAUUUAAUCCUAGUGAUGAAAGAUGGUAUUAUGGUCCAUCAUUUUUAUCAACAAAUUUACCACCAUUAUCAAUGCAUGGUUUAUGUUCAAAUGAAUCUUAUAUUUAUUGUUUAGGUGGUACAAGUCAUAUUAAAUAUAAAAGAUCAAGUUGUUAUCGUUUCUCAUUAGAAACUCUUGAUUGGGAAGAAAUAUGUAGUGGACAAGUAAGUAGACAAUAUUGUGGAACGGGAAUGUUGCAUAAUUUAUUUCCUAUUAUUGUUGGAGGUAAAGAUGAAAGAAGGCGAUUUAAAACUUGUGAAAUAUUUCUACCACAAUUAAAUAACUGGAAACAGACAUCUAAUAUGUCAGAAAUAAGAUCAGAUUUUGCAUCAUCUUCUUUUAAUGACAUAUUUUUUGUUGCCGGUGGAUUUAAUGGUGAUAAAGUUUUGAGUGUUGCAGAGUAUUAUGAUUAUACAAGAAAUGAGUGGAUUGAUAUUUGUUCUAAAAUGAAACAUGCCAGGUAUGGUACUCGUGGUGUUUUUCUUAAUGGAAGAUUUAUUGUAACUGGAGGAACAGAAAUUACAGGUUCAACAGCUUUAACUUCAUGUGAAUAUUAUGAUCCUAGAGAAGGUAAAUUUUUUUCAAUGAAAAAUAAAUUAAUAAAUGGUAGAUCAAGUCAUGGUUGUACAGUUUUUGGUGAUAAAAUAAUUGUAUCUGGAGGAAUAAAUGAAAAAGAAAAUAAAAUAUUAGAAACAUGUGAAAUUUUUGAUUCUAGAUUAGAUCGUUGGCUUCUUACUGAUUCAAUAUCUGAUUGUAAAUCAAAUCUACAAUCAGUAUGUAUUGAAUAUUCUUCAAAAAUUCCACAAUUUUUGCCACAUUGCAAGUAA